AUUAAAUCUGUUGACUUAUUGACUUUUUCAGACAGCUCCCAACUUCCCCAUCGUGCAAUUUCUCCCAGUCUUAACUCCUAAGAAACGUUUCUCAAACUCCCCAAAUCACAACACAAACAAAAUAUCUCAAAAAAAAAGAAGGAAAAGAAAGAACAGUUAGAAGUAAAAACGAUGGGCGUAGAUGAAAAGAAGAAAGGAGCAGCAAGUGAUCAUCAGCAGUAUCCGCAUCCACCUGAGUAUGGAACGUUCCAAGGCGUAGCCAACUAUCCGCCGCCGCCGCCGCCCCAUCAGCCACCGCCACCGCCACCGCCGACCGGAUUCCCUCAGCCGGUUCCGCCGCCUGGAGCCGCCGACCCUCCUGCUCCUCAUCCUCAGUACUACACUCAGGGAUAUCAAACUGUUCAAGGCUAUGCAGUUGCUGAAGGAAGACCAGUAAGAGAGCGCCGCCUUCCUUGCUGUGGUAUUGGCUGUGGCUGGUUCCUGUUUAUUAUUGGUUUCGUCCUUGCUACCAUCCCUUGGUAUAUUGGUGCAUUGAUCAUGCUAUGUGCCAGGAUAGACCACCGAGAGAAACCAGGAUAUAUCGCUUGUGUAGUUGGUGCUGUUCUUGCUACAAUUGCUAUCAUCCUCGGUGCAACAAAGGGAGGUAAUGCCUGGUAAUCUCAGAGGGAGGAAUUGUAUAGCUUGCAAGAUUGAUAAAUACACGAGUCCAGAUUCUUGAAAGGCUAUAUGUGGAUGUCAAUCUGCUUAUGAGUUAUAUUAUACUGUUUGAACUUGUGAAAGUCAGUAUGAUAUCUUUGAUGGUUUAUAUUUGAUGAUGCUAUCUAUUUGUCAGUGAUCCAAAGCUCCAAGUGUGAACAAUAAUAAUCGAAAUUUGUUUGGUUUAAAA